ACUCAGGACAUAAAACCUGCCAAACCGAGUGUAAGCAUGCAGACUUCAAAUGUCAGUGCCAUCCCAGUCAUUCAGCCAGAAGUACUGAUGUCGAUCCAGAUGACACAACAGUUAAUGAGUCUGAUCCAGACCCUCUGGGACUGAGCUGCCACCGCUGUGUUGGUUCCACUCUGUGGCCUCUGCUGGGCAUUUAGCACCGGGAGAAAAAAAGGUCUACCCUCCUCACUUGUGUUGUUAUUGACCGGCGGAGGGAAAGAAGCGGGUCGAUAAGUGGAUCAGAUUUAUUAGCGGUCCAGAUUGGCUACAGCACGCCAAAUGUCAGAGGAGCCACAGUCUGUAGGACUGCACACCGCGCAUUUCAUUUAGGUUAGAGGAGCGCCAGACAGCGUGUCUACUAGUGCGGCACAAAUUCUAGUGGAAGCUUGUGUUUUUUAGGGAAAGUAAACCAGCAGGAUGGACCUGGUCAAAAUUGCAGUGUCCUUCCACAUUCUUCUGUGUCCUGCAUGGACCCUGUCCCAUCACGCUCACAUGGACAGCAUCCUCUCAGCCCGCUCAGCUCUCGGGUUGCUGGAUGAGCCGUUGAGGUUUGACCCCUGUUGUCUCAUGUCACCGCCCCCGCCGCCGCUCUUCCCUCCGCCACCUCAGCUGUGGAAGCGUGGCAGCUCCGAUGAUAUUAGCAUGUCAGAGUCAAGUGUUUAUGGAGGAGAGGAAAAGGAAAAACAGAAACCUGUGAUACCUGGGUGUUCACCUGGACCUCCAGGACCUCAAGGACCCCGGGGCCCAGAGGGUCAAAGUGGAUUACCCGGCAUAAGAGGACCAAAAGGGGAGAAGGGAGAAAUUGGACGUCCAGGGUCAAAGGGUCGUACAGGGGCUCCAGGCCUCCCCGGGAAACAAGGACAACCAGGAUGGCCUGGUCCAGAGGGACCCAAGGGUGAGAAAGGGGAUCCAGGACUCAUGGGAUUACCAGGACUGAGGGGACCACCAGGGACAAGGGGUUUGCCUGGUUACAAAGGAGAGAAGGGGGCUCGUGGUGACCCUGGAGCAGUAGGGCCAAAAGGUGAUAAGGGUUCCAUUGGUUUGCCUGGGAUGCUUGGGCAGAAGGGUGAGCUGGGACCAAAGGGAGAGCCAGGAGUCUCAGGGAAGAGAGGACCUACCGGACGGCCUGGGAAGAGAGGCAAACAGGGUAUGAAGGGCCAGACUGGAGCCUCAGGAGUCAUGGGCCCCCCAGGACCCCCAGGUCCAAACGGCCAUCCAGGGCCACCUGGUCGACCUGCCUCAGGUCUCUAUCUAGUAGGAGAAAAGGGAGAGAAGGGUCUUCCAGGUCCACCAGGUCGCUGUGACUGUGAUUCCACUCUUGGGGCAAAUAAUACUCCUUUUGGAAGCUACACACAACGGGGGAGCACCAAUAAAGUCCCUGCAAUAUUUGUGGUGAACAGUGAGGAGGAGAUGAACCAUCUACAUCUAGACAACGCGAUAGCAUUCAGGAAGGAUCAGAGGGCGCUCUACUUUAAAGAUAAAGAUGAAUGGGAGCCCAUACAGCCCUUCCAGCCGUUCCAGUCCACAGAGAAAGUCCCGGAUAGAGUUGGUGUGUGUGGGGACAGAAAGGUGCAGGCCCAGCAUGGAGAGGAGUGUGACGAUGGAAACCAGAUUGUCACUGAUGCAUGUCUCAACUGUAAGUGGGCCUACUGUGGAGAUGGUUACCGACAUGAAGGCAUGGAGGAGUGUGAUGGAAAGGACUUUGGUUAUCAGACCUGCAAAUCCUAUCUUCCUGGGUCCUUUGGGCAGCUCAGAUGCACCGACUCUUGUCUCAUUGAUUCCACUGGUUGCAAGUAUUUCACCUGAACAGGAAAGUGAAAAAAUGGCCAUAUUGCAACUUUGCAGCUCCUCUUCUCUUCUGAUCACGGGGAUUACACUUCAGAUUUCUACUGAAGUCUCACCCCUUAAAAAAUUACUGAUGGACUGAGAAAGAGUACUAAAGGGAAGCUCUUGUGCCUGCUCUGAGCCAUGAAGAGUCAUGGGAGUCAGCUUUGAAUCGACUGUCUCCCCUGGAGGUUGAAUUCUUUUAUUGGCCUCGGGGAGCAGCUCCCUGUUACUGUCACUCCAUUGGCUGCAGCACUGUUAUGAACAUUGGCGAUGGUGGGGAACAUUUUAAUGAUUUAAUGAUAUGUAUCAUAUGAAAAAUAGUUACAAUGUGUAUGACUUGCUGACUGUUGAUGCAGAAAUAAGCUAUGGUAUGUUCUGAACUUCUUUUAUAAUGAGAGAGAGAAAAAAGAGCUUUUUCCAAAAGAGGCAAUAAUAUUAUUGAUACUAUAUUGUAGUAUGCAAAUCAGGGGUGUGUAAAUGUGUUUAUUCCUGUGCAAUAUAUUACAAAACAUGUAUUUAUGAAGUGCAAUGCUGUGGUAGUGCAUGUAAAUGUGUACCAGUGCACAGCGGACUGCUUUAACCAGUGCUGUAAAUUUACUAGCCAACUUGUGGCCCUCUUGAAGUGAAUGUUCAAAUACCAGACAGGAGAGCAAGAAAAUGAAAAUUCAGUAAAAUGUGAUUAGUGGAUAAUCUUCCUGCAUGACUGUAAAUUUCAUAAAACACUGUAUAUUAAUAAAGAUUAGGCCUACA